AUGUUGGAAACAUCUUCUCUUCAAAGGAAGAAGAAGAAGAGGAAGAAGAAGAAGAAGAACAAUGACCCACAGCUGGCUGCAGUACCAGUGCGUGUUCUCGGAUCUUUGCUCCAUCUCCCUCUCCCACCAAUCCACCAAUCCACCAAUCCACCUUCACGGGCAUUUCCGCUCACGGGAAGUCCUGGCCAUUCGCAUUUGGGGGAGCGCCCCAAGAGCGCCUCUCCAAACACGCUCUAG